AUGUGGCUCUUGGAGAAAGCUGGCUACCGGGUAGGGGCCGCGGAGCCCAGGGCCCGGUGGGCGCCCUCCAGUUUGUUUCCUAAGCGCCGCACCCCGUCUCGCCCGUGCCCCAACGUCCUCACCCCGGAUCGCAUCCCGCAGUUCUUCAUCCCGCCUCGGCUCCAGGACCCAGGUGGCGCGCUGCCCCACAGCGGCGGGCGCGGCCUCCCCGCGACCUGUUCGCUGCCACACCUGGCGGGCCGCGAAGGCUGGGCCUUCCUGCCCGAGAGCCCGCACACGCGCCGGCGCGAGUCCCUGUUCCACUGGCCACCGGCCACCCCCGCCGGCGGGCUGCCCCCCGCGCCGUCCCGCCUGCACGUCUCCGCCCCGGACCUGCGCCUCUGCCGGGCCCCCGACAGCGACACGGCCUCGUCGCCGGAUUCGUCGCCCUUCGGCUCGCCGCGGCCAGGCCCCGACCGGCCCCGGCCGCCCCGGCCGAGCUCGCUGUCCCGGCUGCAGGCGAGCUCGGCGGCCACCAGCCCGCACGCCUCGCGCCGCGCGGGGCCGCCCACGCCGCCCCUCUUCCACCUCGACUUCUUGUGCUGCCAACUGCGGCCGACCCAGGAGAGCGUGCUGCACCUCGAGCCCCGGGGAGGGCAGCUGCGGCUCUCCGCCGAGUACCCGGCCGGGCCCGGGCGGCUGCGGCUGCGCCUGGUGAGCGCCGAGGGCCUGCCGCGGUCGCGGGCUGGCCCCGGGAGCGGCGGCGGUGGCUGCUGCGUGGUGCUGAGGCUGCGGCCGCGCUCCCGGCCGCGGGGCCAGCGGAGCCGAGUGGUCAAAUGCAGCACCAACCCCAUCUUCAACGAGGACUUUUUCUUCGAUGGGCUCGGCCCGCCGGACCUGGCCGCCCACAGUCUGAGGGCCAAGGUGCUGGACAGGGGCGCAGGAUUCCGCAGGGACGUGUUGCUGGGGGAGUGUGAGACGCCCCUGAUUGCCCUGCUGCCGCCCUUGGGUGGUGGGCUAUGUCCCGGGGCCUCCCUGGUGCCUGCCCAUCUCAGCCUGUAG